GGGAGACGGUUGUUUUUGUUGGUGUUUUGGGGUUGAGGACAGGGGCAGCGCCGUGCCUUUUACGGGGGGUUUGGUGGAUCUCAAAGUUUCAAACCGGAGCCGGUAAUUGUUGCGAAUGCGGGGCGAGGAGUCGUCGGAUUCCGAGUCGGGGAGGAUGGAGGAGAGUUCGGUCCGGAGGAGUUUGGAGACGUUGUGUCAGGAGCUGAACAUGGACGAGCAGACAGCCACUGAAGCUAUGGACAACUUCACUGCCAUAUGGAACACGUACACUCUGGAGGGAGUGGUGGUCCACUGGCUGGCCUGCUCGCUGUACGCCGCCUGCAGGAAGGGCUCCACUCCCACUGUGGGGAAAGGCCUGAUGGAGGGAAACUGCGUCUCGCUCACCAGGAUCCUCCGCUGCUCCAAGCUCAGUCUGAUCCAGUUCUUCUCCAAGAUGAGGAAGUGGGCCGACAUGUCGAACCUCCCGCAGGACUUCAGGCUGCGGAUGGACCGGCUGGAGCGGAACUUCGAGGUCUCCACCGUCAUCUUCCGCAAGUUUGAGCCCAUCUUCACGGACGUGUUUCAGAAUCCGCAGGGCUGCGAGCCGCCGCGGCAGCCACGCAGCAGGAAGCACAGACGGCUGCCCUGUCACAUCAGUGAUGUGUUCAAGUUCUGUUGGACCCUGUUUGUCUACACUAAAGGAAACUUCCGUAUGAUCGGGGACGACCUGGUGAACUCGUACCACCUGCUGCUCUGCUGUCUGGACUUGGUGUUUGGGAACGCUUUCCUGUGCUCAAACAGGAAGGACCUGAUCAACCCUGCGUUCAGAGGUUUACCCUCCACGUAUCGGAGCGACGGACACGUGGCCCCCUCCGAGCCUCCUCCCUGUGUGCUGGAGAAGCUGUGCGAGCUGCACGACGGGCUGGUGGUGGAGGCCAAGGGCAUCAAGCAGCACUACUUCAAACCGUACAUCCAGAAGCUGCUCCAGAAGCAGAUCCUGAAAGGAAACGAGCUGCUUUUGACUGAAAUGUUGGAUCCUCAGAACUUUAUUGAUAACAAUAAGGCCCUGAACAAGGAGUACGAGGAGUACGUGCUGACGGUGGGGGACUUCGAUGAGCGGGUGUUUCUGGGAGCCGACGCCGACGAGGAAAUCGGCACUCCGAGGAAGGCGGUUCAGGAACGGGCCGCGGGCCAAACGCUCGCUCAGAACCAGCUGCAGCAACACGUGGAGAAGUCCGGCUCCCUGGCUCCGCCCACCCCGCUGACCGGACGGGUCUACCUGAAGGAGAAGGACCUGCUCUUCACGCCCGUGUCCUCGGCCACGCAGAGCGUCAGCCGGCUGCAGAGCAUGGUGUCCGGUUUGAAGACGGCGCCCAGCGAACACCUGCUGCACAUCUUCAAGUCUUGUUCCAGUGAUCCCACAGAGCCCAUACUGGCUCGAGUGAAGACUCUGGGGCGAGCCUUUAAAGAUCAUUACACCAACGACUCCGAGGACACGCCGGGCUCUCACAUAGAUUUCGCAGAGAACCGUUUAAAACUGGCAGAAAUCCUGUAUUACAAGGUUCUGGAGAACAUCCUGGUUCAGGAGACCAAACGGCUGCAGGGCAGAGACAUGAGUGUUCUGUUGGAGCAGGACAUCUUCCACUGCUCCCUGAUGGCCUGCUGUUUGGAGGUGGUCUUGUUCUCGUACAGCUCUCAGAGGACCUUCCCCUGGAUCAUCAGCAUCUUCAAACUGGCUCCGUUUUACUUCUUUAAGGUGAUCGAGGUGUUUAUUCGUGCUGAGGAAGGUCUGUCCAGAGACAUGGUGAAGCACCUGAACUCCAUCGAGGAGCAGGUCCUYGAGAACCGGGCCUGGACCAUGGGCUCCGCUCUGUGGAGUGCCCUGGAGGCUGCUGGGAACAAAGUCCCCACAGUGGAGGAGGUUAACUUCUCCUCCUGUCUGGACUCUGGUUCUGGUUCUACAAACGGCCCGUCUCACCUGCCUCUAGUGGCUCACUCCCCAAUCAUCCACCCUCGAAUCAGGGAGUUCAGAUCAGGCCUGGGAAGCGCACGUAAAGAAGUGCCCCCCUCUCCACUGUCGGUCCACGACAGGUACAGCUCUCCGGCAGCCGGCAGCGCCAAACGACGGCUUUUUGGUGACGACCCUCCGGCGCCCUCUGCACACCUGAACACCAUCGUGUCGUCUCCGGCCAAGAGGCUGACGUUCGGUCCGAGCAGCGGCACGCCGAAGACCCUGGGCCCCGGAACACAGACCACCAUCCUGAGUAUCCCCCUGCAGGGCGUGGGUAACGAGCGCACGAUUACGCUGAUCCCGGUGAAGCCGUGUGACUCCUCUGGCGUCAUCACGACUCAGUUCCUGCUGACCACCUCUCCGAGUCGUCCCGCCAUCGUCGCCYCGACCUCCGAACCCCAAACAGGAAGCGGUCGACCGCGACGCACCGGAUCCCUCGCUCUUUUCUUCAGGAAGGUGUACCACCUGGCCAGCGUCCGUCUGAGGGACCUGUGCUUGAAGCUGGACAUCUCCUCGGAGCUGCGAGGGAAAAUCUGGACGUGUUUCGAGCACGCGCUCGUGCACUGCCCCGACCUGAUGAAGGACCGGCAUCUGGACCAGCUGCUGCUAUGCAGCAUUUACAUCAUAUCCAAAAUCACCAAAGAGACUCACACUUUCCAGGACAUCAUGAAGUGUUACCGCAGCCAACCACAGGCCAGCAGCCACGUGUACCGCAGUGUCUUACUGCGGCGCACCGUCAGGGAGCCUCCGGCCGAUGAAAACAUGGAGGUGGAUUCUGUGUCGGGAGGAGAGUCUGCAGAGAAAACCAGUCAGCUCAUACGUGACAUCAAAUCCAACCAAUCAGGAGAGGAGGAACGAGGCGACCUCAUCCAGUUUUACAACACCGUGUUCGUCCUGAAGAUGAAGAGCUUCGCGCUGAGAUACGCCACCAAUGAUAACCGGGCGGACGCUCCUCCUCUGUCCCCGUUCCCGUCAGUCCGAGCUCAGCCUCUGUCUCCUCGUCGAGUCAGCCAGAGGCACUCGCUGUACGUCUCCCCGCACAAGAACUCCGCCGGCUGCCUCACGCCAAACUCCUACACCUACAGGAUCAACAGCAGCCCGUCCAAGGAGCUGUCAGACAUCAACCGGAUGAUCCGGCAGGGAUGUGUGAGCAGGAAACGGGCCUUCACCAUGGAGGGGGACGUGAUGAUGUCACCGGUCUGCGACUCGCCGAGCAAGAGGGCGUGUCCGGAGAACGGCAGCAGUCCGGACGUGCUGCUGAAGCGUCUGCAGGACGUGGUGUCGGAGCGGCAGAGCCACUGACGACACGAGGCCGAAACUUGUGUCAUUUUAUACGUUUUGUUUUACACCAAAAAAACAAAAAUCAUUUUAAUUCCACUUUUGUUGCCUCAACAUCGAAGAUCUGAUCARAAAACUGCAAACAGAACUAAACUUUAAUUUAUCUUAACUCCUUCUAAAGGGAUUAAUCUAUUUUUUUUGGUUCUCUUUUGAGAAAUUGUUCAGUUUUAAAAAGAAAUAAAAGCUGUACUUACAGGAUACGCUCCAGUAUCUAUCCAGUUAGUACUGUUCAUGUACCAGGUUAGUAGCAAAAAUGUGCCCGGUAAGUACUUACUGGGUACAUAGCUUGUACUAACUUYAUCAUUUCUUAGUGUUUAACAGGUACAAACAUGGUACUCAGUACUAAUUAUGUACCCAACAGGUUCCUGAUAUAUCCCAGAUAUGUACCGGGUACCUCGUUCAGAUUAUUUUAAAGUUUAUGGUGACUUUCAUUGUAAAAUCCAAAUGUUUGCUGCCAUGACGGCAUGUAUUUUUACAUUCUUUCAAUCUUUUUUUUUUGUCUUUUAUUGAUAAARGUCAGUAUUAAGGAAAGUUUAACUCUGGGUGAUGGAAAAGAAAUUUAAAUAUUGUAUUUAAUUUCUUUUAACGUGAUGCUUCCUGUUCUGAAGUURUGUUUUUGUCCUCCCUGUUGAUAAAUAGUUACAUUUUACAUGUUUUACAGUUUGUCUUGUAUUUUAAUGAACGCUGUGUAACACUGUUAAUAACAGGCUUAKUGCUAACGAUGUGUUGUUGUAAGUGUGUGUAGUAUCUACGCAUCAUGUUUAGAUUAAACUGAACAUUUUAUYUAAUCUGUUCAGAUUGACAGGAUCACUGUGCUAACGUUGGGAACUAAUCUUUAUCGUUUUUAACAUUUAAUGGAAAAAAAACUUUCGUGAAACUGAAAUUUAACCAAGAUGCAAUAAUGGGUGUUAUUAAUUUUUAUACAAAUUGUUCUGUUUUGUAAAAUAAAUUGUACUUCCUAUGAUUUA